AUGGCAAGAGAGAUUAGGCAAGCGCUGGUGGUGAGCAGCGUCGUCGGAGAUGUUUUGGAGCCCUUCACAGCCACAACCGAUCUUCGAGCUUACUGCGACGGCAGGAUCAUCAUCAACGGUUGUCGUUUGAGGCCGUCCCAGGUUCGAGAUCGCCCUAGGGUUGAGAUUGGUGGCUGUGAUGAUUUUCGGACAUUCUAUACUCUUAUAAUUGUGGAUGCUGAUUCUCCAAGCCCAAGCAACCCAUACCUUAAGGAGUACUUGCACUGGUUGGUUACUGACAUCCCCGGAAACACAGAUGCAAGCUUCGGAAGAGAAAUAAUUAGCUAUGAGAGUCCUCAGCCGGCAAUAGGAAUCCACCGACUUGUUCUGGCGCUAUUCCGACAGCCGGCCGGCCGCCGAACAGUCAGCACACCGGUGCACCGGCAGAAUUUCAACACUAGAGAAUUUUGUGAAGUCCAUAACUUAGGUGCUCCUACGGCAGCAUUGUAUUAUAAUUGCCAUAGGGAAAACGGCACAGGCGGCCGUAGAGCACCCUAAAAUAGGAUCCCUUCAAACCCUAAACCCUUAAACCCUA